UAAGGCGUGAAAUCAAACGUCUGGUGAUGCAGACUUUUUGCCAAUUUCGGUAAAAAAUAUAAAACAAUACGAAAAUGCCGGCUGAAAUGUAUAAAGUUGAACCGUUCUAUGAACAUUCCUCUAAAGUAGAACUCCCGAAUGUUAUGUACACAGUGAAAAGUUUUUACGAACCUUCUGCAUCAGCCACGGAAAUGAACACAUCAAAUCUAGACCAAUUUAGUGCCUUAGAGUUAAGGCAGGAUAAAAUACUCACGAAACUUGCUGAUCUGCGUCAAACCCUGGACCAGCUGACGGGUCGUUACCAGGUUACCCAGCCCUCCUCAGCCUCAGUAACCAAAACAGUGACAACGUCUCCAGUUAAACAGACUUCAGAUGCCAAGAUUAAGAGUCCAUUGGGUUCAGGUAUACAUGACAUUGUAAUAAACGCAGACCCUUCUUGUCCGCCCCUUAGCUUGUUUGUGCUGUUUGAGAUGUUGAAACAGAAGUAUAAAGUCCUGGCUACAUCAUAUAUUCACUCCUCUGUGAAAGCCGACAAGAGUCUCUGUGAUAUCAUCAAGAACGGUUGCCAGGUUACCAGAGGAGAGCAUGACAUAGCACUGUCGGUUGUGUGGAAAAAAGUGGAGAGAGGACCAGAGCUAAUAGUAUCUCCAGCUAAACAGUCUGUAAUAACAGGGGAGGUAAAUAUAGCCAGGUAUAUCAACAGGCUUCUCUCCCCUUCAUUUGAUACAGAAGAUAUCGUCAUGGCAACAUACUGGGAUGAAUGGCUAGAUGUCGCAGAUAUGUCCUUGAUAAAUGGCAAUACAAAACAGAGAACAUCAGCUGUAAAAAAUUUGAAUGCCAGAUUUAAAAGAAAUGAUUGGAUAGUAGGACCUGAAUUCUCAUUGGUUGAUGCAGUCAUGUGGUCAGCCCUCAGCCAAUCGCCCCAGGCUGGUAGUGCUCCAGAAAAUGUACAGAAAUGGAUGAAAAGAUGUAGUGCUUUACCACUUUUUAAGAAUGUACCAUCCAUUUGAUGAUAAUUUUGUACCUAGACAUUGCCAAAUGAUAAUUUAUUGACAGACAUAUAACUUUUUGUGUGGAAAUUGCUUUGCCAUGGUCUGUAUGAUAUACUGAAAACACCAGAUAUGAAUAUUUUAUGCACCAAAUAUAAACAUUGAUAUUUCCUGUGUGAAAACAGCUUACAGAUUAAAGAAUUAAUUUAUGA